AUGGAACUCCAGCUGCAUGACUCAGAUGAGGAUCUGUAUGAAGAAUGGUUCCAAGCCAGUUAUCCUCCACCCAGAGAGCAGCAAUCAAACCACAGCCACGCAUCACAGUGGAGCCGCUCGUGCUCCAUGCACUUCCCAAAACAUCAUCCUGAUGGUUCCCAUCCGAUCCCCGGCCUCAUUCCCACCAAGAAGAUCACAGACCAGAGGAACUACAAUCUCAGCAACCUAAUCUGCUCUCCACCAUGCCACUCUCACCGAUCAGCCACCGGCAAUCUAGCAUGCUGCGGUGUAGCCUCGCCAAGAAGGCCGACUCUGUACUUACGAUCCGAGGAUGACAUCAGCAACAGACCGUCACCUGCCUCCGCAAGGCUAUUGCUCUACAAUUCCUCCACGACACCGUAG